AUGACAGGACGCGGACAUGUGGGCGCGGGGAGGCUGCUCCUGCACGGGCGGAGGCUGGGCCCAGAGCACGGCUCCUUCCUGUCGUCUCCCUGCCGAGCCCGCCGACUCUCGCCGGGCCAGCUUGAGGUCGCUCAGGAGGAUAUUGAGGUCGCUCAGGAGGAUACUGAGGUUCACCAGGAGAGGCCUCCUCUCUGGGCGUAUCCCCAGCGCUUGAGUUCAGCCUUCCCUAUGUGGCCAGGCGCCUUUCUUCGGGUGCUGUCCCGGAGCAGCCUCUCAGGGCGGCUGCUGGGAGGCCAGUGUGGUCUUGGCCGUGUGGUCACUGCUGCAGAGUCGGCCUUUGAUGCCACCGGGGUAGCAGGUGCCCUGGUGGCAGAAUCGCCUCCAGCAAUGCUGCUCAUGUGUGCUGUUGUGACGCUGCAGGUCCUGUUCCCGAAGCAUCCCUAA